AUGGCUCCAGCUAUCAUUGCCGUAGUCGCUGGCUUGAACAUGGAUCUAAUUUUCACGGUAAAUCGGAUGCUGAACGUCGGCGAGUCUAUAGAUGCCCCAUCGCUAUUCGUUCAUCCUGGAGGCAAAGGCGCCAACAUCGCUAUCGCUACUUCCCGUGGGUGCCGCCCAAAACCAAUACCCAAAGAGCGAGAAGAGGAGUCCGGCGUUGCCUCGAUCGAUUUCAGCGGCGGAAAUAACAUCCAAGUUUUCAUGAACGGCGCGGUUGGAGACGAUGGGGCGAGAGCUCGGGCGUCUGCGUUGUUUUCGUUGAGGCUUAUCGCUUACCAGGGCAUUAAUAUGAACUGGAAACCCCGCGAUCCUGGCUCGGUCGACUGUCUUGCUGCUGGGUCCACCCCAGAGCUCGUCAUCGCUCACUUGGGCAUCCAACAGGAGAAGAUUUUUCGCGUAUUAGAGACAGCGCGCGGAGACGGAGUCGACACUCUCUUGAGCCCGUCACCACCAGAACCACUCAUUAGCAACAUGUACGCGCAUCUUACGCACCUAAUCCUAAACCAGACGGAAACAGCGAUGUUAUCAGACCGCUGCGUCGAGGAGCUCAACACGGUGGCCGCUUGGGGGAAUGCCGCUCAAUACUUUAUUCACCGUGGUGUGGAGAACGUUGUUAUCACACUCGGUGACCGGGGAGCGUUUUAUGCCACGCAUAGAGGGCAAACGGGUCUUGUUGAUGCGGAGAAAGGCGUUAAUGUUGUGGAUGUAACUGGGGCAGGGUGA